GCAUGCGCGGGACCCAGCCCGCUGGGCUAGGGGCACGGGCGAGGGCCAGCGCGGAGUUGUGCAGGGAUCCCGGGCCCCGGAGGCUGCCCCUGCUCAGCCUCCCUGGGAUCGUUCGGGUCUUGCCUGGCGUCGGGUGCUGACCGUGGGGCUAAAGGCUGCGCGGAGGUUGAGACUGGGGACCCGACCCUCGGAGACGCAGGGUCCCCAGGUGGUGGCGAGUGGCAGUCCAGCGGACGCAUCACAGUCGUCCUCCUCCGCCCGCCCCUGCCAAGGCCCUAGCGAAGGCCCUGCCACUGUGAAGUCAGUUUGUGGCCAGAGCAGCUCCCAGACAAGAAGGUGUCGCCACAGAGACCGUUAACAGCCGUGGUGGCUCUGGAUGGGCGACUGCGUGUACCUCUGGCCAUCCGGAGAGAGAGGCACAGCCACUAGCGGGAGCCAAGCCGCGUGGAGCUCAGCACGUGAUCAGCACCAUCGCAGCGAGAUGGUGGACACCGAAAGCCCAACAUGCCCCCUCUCCCCGCUCGAGGCUGACGACCUGGAAAGCCCGCUGUCUGAGGAGUUCCUACAGGAAAUGGGGAGCAUUCAGGAGGUCUCUCAGUCCAUCGGCGAGGACAGCUCCGGAAGCUUUAGUUUCACAGAGUACCAGUACCUGGGGAGCGGCCCGGGCUCCGAUGGGUCUGUUAUCACAGAUACCCUCUCGCCAGCCUCGAGUCCCUCGUCCGGCACUUGCCCCGCGGUUCCCAGCAGCACGGAUGACUCUCCGGGCGGAGCACUGAACAUCGAGUGUAGGAUCUGCGGGGACAAGGCCUCGGGCUACCAUUACGGAGUACAUGCGUGCGAGGGCUGCAAGGGCUUCUUCCGGCGAACCAUCCGGCUGAAGCUGGCCUAUGACAAGUGCGACCGCGCCUGCAAGAUCCAGAAGAAGAACCGAAACAAGUGCCAGUACUGCCGCUUCCACAAGUGCCUCUCGGCCGGGAUGUCGCACAACGCGAUUCGUUUCGGACGAAUGCCAAGAUCUGAAAAGGCGAAGCUGAAAGCGGAAAUCCUCACCUGUGAGCGUGACGUGGAAGACGCCGAAGCCGCAGACCUCAAGCCCCUGGCCAAGAGCAUUCACGAGGCCUACCUGAAGAACUUCAACAUGAACAAGGGCAAGGCCCGGGUCAUCCUCGCGGGCAAGGCCAGCAACAAUCCACCUUUCGUCAUCCACGACAUGGAGACGCUGUGCAUGGCUGAGAAGACGCUGGUGGCCAAGCUGGUGGCCAAUGGCAUCCAGAACAAGGAGGCGGAGGUGCGCAUCUUCCACUGCUGCCAGUGCACGUCCGUGGAGACCGUCACAGAGCUCACGGAGUUCGCCAAGGCCAUCCCGGGGUUCGCCAGUUUGGACUUGAACGAUCAAGUGACCUUGCUAAAGUACGGCGUGUACGAGGCCAUAUUCGCCAUGCUGUCGUCAGUCAUGAAUAAGGACGGGAUGCUGGUCGCCUAUGGGAACGGUUUCAUAACGCGGGAAUUCCUCAAGAGCCUACGGAAGCCGUUCUGUGACAUCAUGGAGCCCAAGUUCGAUUUCGCCAUGAAGUUCAACGCGCUGGAGCUGGACGACAGCGACAUCUCCCUGUUCGUGGCCGCCAUCAUCUGCUGUGGAGAUCGCCCAGGCCUCCUCAACGUAGGACACAUUGAGAAGAUGCAGGAGGGGAUCGUGCAGGUGCUCAAGCUCCACCUGCAGACCAACCACCCGGACGACAGCUUCCUCUUCCCCAAACUCCUGCAGAAAAUGGCGGAUCUGCGGCAGCUGGUCACGGAGCACGCGCAGCUGGUGCAGAUCAUCAAGAAGACGGAGUCGGAUGCCGCCCUGCACCCGCUGCUGCAGGAGAUCUACCGGGACAUGUACUGACGGCGCCUCCGUCCUCAGCUUCCCAGGGUUCGGAGCUGGCAGCACUGCAGAGGAGACGCCGGCCAGCUCGGUUUUGCACAAGUACCUACCGCGUGAAGCCUUAGAGAUGAGAAAGCCCCAGCUCUGGUAAUUCUCUGCCAGGUCUUUCUUCUAACAGAGCUCAUGAGAGCGUGCCUAGUACUGACACUGGUGAGGAGCGGCUCGGCCAGGAUUUGGAAAAUUAGGGAGAGAGGUGCUCAGCCGGCUGGUUUUAGCGUGCCAGCGCUAGCCAGCGCACACACCCCAGCACAUGGUAAUCUGCUGUCUAAGGGUAGCCUCAAAUCCGCGCUCUGUCCUCCCUUGUUACCACCCUGGAUGGUUGUGCUCCUUCAUAAUUUUGAAAACUAAUUCAGCACUUUUUAACAAUUUUUACAAUCCCAUAAAUCUAGAUGUAUCCAAAGGUUAGUUAAUUUAAGAGUAGGAAAAUAUUUAUUUGGAAGACUUCAGUUCCGCUUCCUGAACCCGAAGAAAGACAGCACGCUGCUUUUUAAUCACAGGUUCGGGACUCGGAAGCACUGUCUGAUCGUAAGCUAGCAGAAUGCAGCCGCUAUUUCGUUUUCAGCUCACUGUUUCCAUGGUUCUAACACGUGGGAUAGCCCACUUCAGGCUCGUGGAAAUGAUGCCAGCAUGCUGCAGCUCACAAGCCCCUGGGCUUUACAGCUGGCAUCGUGGUAGGCAGGAACAAGACAGGCUGGAAGCGGUGCGCUUCCCACUUCUCUCCCCUCGACCCCUGUUGGAACCAACCUCUCAGGCCCUCCGUGGGCACCAUGGACCUUUCAGGGACAAGCUGACACAUGGUUUGUCCAUGUCCUCAGCCCCUUGGGCAGCUCCUCUGUCUUUCCCUGGGUUGCUUUUUAAAAAUGUGACACUUUAUCUGUUAACUCUUGCUGGUAGGGGGUGCCCCCUGGACUGCAGGUGUAGCUUUAGCCCAGGAUGGGGAGGGCAGUCCCCUUGGCCACCUCAGGGAUGUGAUGUCCUUCAGGUGGCAGUUUGACUUAGUCCCGGAUUUCACAAUAGUUCAUUAUUUUCUUACAGAUUCACAUAGUUAACUCUCCUUCUCUGCUCUGUAUAUAAGAUAGUUUCCUCAACAUCUAAAAUAAUAUUUUAGCCUUAAGGCCCAUUUCUUGGGUCAACUCUAUGGCCUUAAGAGUAGGCAGCUAGAUCCCAUCUAGCCAGCCCUGUGGUUCCAGUGCUGGUCCCGGUGGCUUGAGAAACCUGCCGGGUCUGUGUGCGUGUUUUCCUGACUCCGAAAGGAAGUAGAGAGGAGGAGGAGGAAGGGUUGUGGCGUGACCAUUCCCCAUGGGGGAUGCUUCCUCCCCCUCCCUCUCCCUCACAGUGUCUCAGUCUCUCUUUGGCAAGCGUACCCUCUGGCAAAAUUGAAAAACAGAUCCACUUCUCGCCUCAGUCUGGCUGGGAAAGCAAUGCUGGCUGUGGGCUCUAGAAUACGGGGAGGCGGGCAGCUCCCCCUCUUCCUGUCCCCGGG